AUGUCACUGGUGGUGCAGGUGGAAAAGUUGUUAUUUGAAGCAAAAACUAUUGUAAUUGAAGACCAAAUAGGUAGUAAUUCUAAACAGAUCUUGGUUUUUGGAAUUUCUUCUGCAAAUAGCUCGAAUGUUAUUUUUCAAAACUUAGUUUUUAAGCAUGAUCCUAAAAUUCGUGAUAAUGGAGAUAUACAGCUUUAUAUUGCUUCUGGAAAUAAAUAUUGGAUUGACCACUGCUCAUUUGUUGGACAUAAAUGGAGUGUAAAUGAUGGUAGUUUAGAUAAGCUUAUUCAUGUAGGGGAAUCAGCAGAUUACAUCACGAUUAGUCAUUCAUUAUUUGCAAAUCACAAAUAUGGUUCGAUCUUUGGUUACUCUAUGGAAGGAUAUAAUUCAAAGUAUAAUGGAUAUCCACGUAUGACUUUAUCAAAUAAUUAUUAUAAUAAUAUUGAUGUUAGAUCGCCGGGUCUUAUGAGAUAUGGUUACUACCAUUCAUAUAAUAACUAUAUUUCGAAUUAUCAUCUUGGUUAUACGUUAUCCCAAAAUGCAAGGCUUCUUUCUGAAGCAAACUAUUUUGAAUCUGGCUAUGAAAAAGGGAUUGUUGAUGAUAAAAAGGAAAAUACCUCUUUUACAGAUGUUAAUAGCUAUCCUAGCAGUAUAAGUAGCUAUUCUAGACCAGCAUCAUGGAAAGUCCCUUACUCUUAUAGAACACAGACUGCUAGUUUCGCCAAGAACUGGGAUAUGAAUUAUUCAGGUGCUCAGGCUUCUUCAGGCAAAUUUGUUUAUCCGUAUUAA